AUGGGCUCACUUGGUCUUCCGAACUUGCCCGAAAGGCAACGCGCCAUCAUCCAAGCUCAAAGCCCACCAGGGAAGCUGGUUCUUACCUCUGAUCGACUUGUGCCUAAGCCAGCAUCCGAUGAAGUUUUGGUUCGCGUCCAUGCCGUUGCGGUGAAUCCAUCAGAUUGGAAAAUGUCCACGCAGUUUCCGUGCCCCGGGGCCGGAUGCGGCAUGGACUUUUCCGGAGUGGUGGUAGCGACCGGUCCCGGGCUUGAUCCGGAAAUAGGCGUUGGAGUUGGUGAUGCCGUUGCUGGAGCGGUUCACGGAGCCAAUCCCAUAGAUCCUCAAGCCGGCUCAUUUGCAGAGUAUACUUGUGCUUUUGCAGAUCUCACGUGGAAAGUUCCUCGGUCAUUGUCAUUGACAGAUGCUGCGGCAAUCGGAGGCUGCUGUGUGGCUACGGUCGGGCUUGCCCUCUUCGCUGAGGAUGCUCUGGGGCUCAAAUUCGAGUUGAACCAGUCUUUUGAGAACUCCAAGCCACCUUUCGUGUUGAUUUAUGGCGGAAGUACUGCUUCAGGAACUAUGGCGAUCCAACUAGCUAAACUUACACUUCAUUAUGUCUUGGAUACCAUCGUUGACCCAAAGUCUAUCGUAGUCGCGGACAAGGCCAUGGGACGUUCUGGUGGUCGAUACGCUGGGCUUGAGGCUCUGCCUGAAGACGUGCUUGGUGGCACUGGCAGCACUCGAAAAACGAUCAAGUGGACGUAUGUCAUGGGUACCAGCAUGAUCGGCAGAGAGGAGGGUCUUACGGGGCCCUAUUACAGCAAGCCACGGCCCGAGAAGCGUGCUUUUGGAAAGUGGUGGUUCCGUACUGUUGUCCAAGAACUCAUGGAUAAAGGGUUACUGAAGCCCCAUCCAGUGAAGCUAAUGGACGGGGGGCUAGAGGCUGUUCCUGGAGGAGUAAAGCUGUUGCAAGAGAAGGCAGUGAGUGGCGGAAAGUUGGUAUACACAGUUCAGUAG